AUGUCCUUGUGCGAAGAAUUCACUCCAGGCCUCAAGGAUCCAUGGGAUCUGAUAUUGCUCAACCUACUAUCGAGGAAUAUUGACCCAUUACUCCUGAACCCCAAACUGCCGAGGCAACCCGCCGAAACACCACGUCGUCCAUCCGGCCUUCCCGCACGCACUCGUCGUCUUCCAGCCAAGUUACGAGAGGAGCUGCCUGAGCCACCUCGUCUGCGCCGUCAACCCGAGCCUGAGCCUGUUCCCGAGUUCUAUGACAAUGAUGGCGAAUUCAUUCAGCCACCUGGGGAACUCGAGACCAACCCAAUCGAGUCGCAUCUCGUGCCCGACCAUUCCAACCCUUCCUCGCAUGGGCCCAAGUGGACAACUGAGCCUGAUCAGUAUGGUGUUUGGCGUGUGUACGCGACUAAGCCUUCAUUCGUUCCGGAUAUCUCCGGCAUUGAGCCGACUCCGGCUUCAUUCUGCGAUUAUCCCACAGCCCCCGGGACCGAGACCGUGCACAGUUCUCAUCCGUGGUGGUCGCGUUUUGCCUCAACAGCAGCCACUGCAAGCCAUGCUCCAUUCUUGAGUCGUUCAGUGUAUUACCUGAUGUCGUGGUUCUACUCCGGUUCGAAUCUGAAGUCCGAGAUGGAGCUCAAUCGUCUUGUCAAUGAUGUCAUUCUGAAAGAUGAUUUCGAGCUGAGCGAUCUCAAAGGGUUUAGUGCACGGGUCGAGGUCAAUCGUCUCAAUGACCAUAAGAAGGUGCCCAACAAUCAGGGAUCAAGCGAGACGGUCACAGAGCCUGAUGGCUGGCACACCACGGAUGUUAAAGUCCGCAUCGGCUGUGACGGCAUCCAGUAUGCUUCCGAGAAGGAAGCACCUGUCUUCCCUGUGCCUGGCCUGAUGUAUCGCGAGCCAAUCGAAGUCAUGAAGGCAGCAUGCACUGAGCCUGGAGCUAUACAUCUUCACCUCUUCCCAUUUCGCCAGUACUUUCGUCACCACCCAGAUCUUCCGCCUCAGCGCAUCUAUAGCGAGGGCUACAACACCGAGCGCAUGAACAACGAGUACGAGUCACUCAUCAAGAAUCCGCCUGCUUCACCACCCGACAAAUCUGGUGAGGACUGGACUGUGUAUGAGAUCGUUGUGAUGGCUUGGAUGCUCUGGUCAGACUCUACCUGCUAG